AUGGCUAUCUACUGGCAUAACAAGAAAGAUAUGCAGAUGUUAGGAUGGCGUCUGCAAUUAUACGCUGUUGUGUUGGUCUUUGGUUUAGUCUGGUGCUCAAAUAAAGAUAGUACUGGAGGGAAUAUGGCUAUAGAUGAGGCUUUGCGGAACAUAUUCGAAGUAGAUGACCUAGCUAAUAUGUCCAAUGAUGCGCAGCAGUGGCUUAAUGAUAAUAUGAUUACUUGUAUCAAUGGUGCUUAUGUUAUAAAUGCACCAAAUGCUAGUCUCAAUAUUUCUCUUGAUCUUUGGAAUAGCGAUGCUACGUAUUUGUCUGCUUUUAUGAGUGUUUCUAAAGUUACUGCUUCUAGCGUUAAACUAGUUGGGCCCCUGCUUAAGAUAUACUACAUCAAUAAGCUGAUGGUUUGUUUGUUAAUGAUAAUAGAUGUAGAUGAUAUAUACUUUAACAUUACCAAUCCUUUGGGUAUUAAUAUUUCCCCGAUCUCUAUCUCUGUUCCGAAUAGUGCGCAACGGUAUCUACGCAAUAAGAAACCAGUCCGGCUGAUGGUUGUUGGUGAUCAUUUUGGUCUUUGCGCAUUGUUAAGUCGAAUUUACUACUAUGCCCCGCUUAAAGCUCUACAUAUUAUUACCAAAGAUGGUGAUAUAUGCUGGCCUUGGCCUAUCCAAUGGAGUGAUUGCUAUACAAUUACUUUGACAGCAGACCAUAUUUGUGCUGCUCUUCUUAAUACCUGGAUAAACCCGUAUAGUACGAAUGUGUGUCAGACUCUUACUUUACAGAGGUAUAGUACUCAGGAUUUACAAGGCUCUCCCUACGAAAUCUACGACCUAAUGGAUGAAGCAACUGGCCGGCUACUUUUCUGUAUUCGUCGGAAUCUCAUAAGUACUUUGAUUGUGGAGGACCAAACGUUCAUUUAUAUGUGCCUAAUGCUUCCGCCUAGCUUUGUUGUUAAGAGUAAUCUUACUUUGAUAAUCGUUCGUUCAACAACUCAAAUUGAUAUUAUCAAGAACCAAUGCAUUAUGGCAGUCAUUGCUGACCUGGGCGAACACUGCCCUAUGUUCACGUGCUGUCAACUAGAGAAUCGAUUAAACAAUAUCUGUUUUGAAGUGAAAGAAGCUCAAUUAAUCAUUGGCCUGACCGUUUGUGACUCUGAACUGGCUCUUGAUCCUAAUACAUCAAGCUCUAGUGAUUGCAACUCCAAUAAUAUUGAGGACUGGGUGUCUUUGUUAGUGCAUGUUCCAGGAUUGCUUAAUAUACCUGUCUGGGAGCAACCUAAACAGCAUUUGGAUAUUAAAUCGUGUCCAAUCUACCAUCUGUACACCUCCCUUGUCUUUCAAUGGCCGGCUGGUGAUAUCAAGCCACUUUUUCAGCACAAUAUCUUAAAAGCAACUUAUCCACAUGGGAUGAGCGAUAAGCCUGAACUGAAGUAUCAGUUGAAUAUUUUAUGUCCAGUCUUUAGUCGUUGCGUGGAUGAUUGUAAUGAACCCAUAAAUAUAUUCACCACAGCAAUAUCAAUGAUCGAAGAGAUGAUUGCUGGUAUGGUAACACAACGUGUUUUGAUAUCCUAUGCGGAUUCGUGUCUUUUUGAUAAUCUUGGUAGCUUGUUUUGCUUUUUGGGAAAUCUAACCAAUAACGCCGAGAUAAUUUUUGAUUCUAUCACUGUUGUUAUGCCAGCGGUUAAAUCUUCGAAUGUUAUUAAAGCCCGUGUUGUAUACUUUAAGAAUUGUGGUGGAGAUUUCAUCUUGUCUUUCUUGUCAACCUGUGCCUUGCUGAUUAAAGAUGUAUCUAUUUACAUUAGUGGUGAUUAUGACUCUUGGUCAAAACCUCUUGAAAUGAAUCUCGCCAUGUGGAAAGAUAGUAGAAGAACUGCCAGGAUCUUUUAUGAUCUUUAUGGCUAUAUCAAAAGUGAUGCCUUUUGGAGUGGCUGUCAAGACACUAUGCUGAUGCCCAUCAAUCUAUAUUCCUCCAGUAACACACUAGUCCUUUCUCCUUCGGAAUUGAUUCAUCUGUUGUGUUUGUUUGCGGACAUCAACUCAGCCUGUAGCUAUAAUGACAAUUCAUGCAAUCUUAUAUCUGUGUUUGGUGUUAUAGCAUUGUUCCUCAAUAAUCUUGCAUUAUCUCCUGAUCCAAAUAUAUUCCAGUACGUAGAAGAGUAUAACAGUACUGUCGCAACGGAGCCAACCUCUGGGCUCUUUUGGCCGUUCAAUUUUUGUUCUGUAUCUCUGUACAGACACCAUCCGACCGUUACUGACCAUGAUCUAGAGGCACUUUUAGCUGCUGUUCAUACAGGGAAGUACGACCAAGAUCUAAUUACUAGGCUUUUCUUAGAGUACUCGGGUAAUCUCAUUAUAAGUUGGCUAAAAGGAUCUUUCAAACAGCUAAAGAGAAUCCGUUGUCGUGGAAUUUUAACAGACAACGUUGAAUUGAAUGACUGGAUUGGCUGCCGCUCCUCUUAUACUUAUCUUUCUAGUAUAAAAAGCAAUGAUAUUAGUGAUCUACUGUGUUUCGGCCCCACGCAUGAUGCUCUGCCGAGCAUGUCUACCGUAUUACUAACCAUAGAUGGCCAGAUUGUUGAUAUCUUGGGGUUCAAAAUUUUAGACACGCCAAACAGCCGGUUUUGUGUUGAUAUUCUUAACUAUGGGUUCAGUCCCAAUACUACACUGUACGGCGAUCAAUCUCCCCUGUCUACUGAUCUCUUUUGUUUAUCACAAGAGUUAUUGGAAGAGUUGCUCAAAGAAUUCGUUGUAAGUUCAGGCAACCCUACCUGCCAAGGUGAGAGAACAGUUCUGCCCCAAAUAACGAUGAUUGACAAGUCUUCUGCAGUAAUGUAUUGCAGUCUAUGUGCGCGGUCCUGCUCAUCAACCCAGAGUUUCCCCAAAACAUCUCCGAUAGGGCCUAUCUCAGUGCUAAUUCUCAAUUGCGCCGUUGCCCUUUGCCCCCGUUGCAUAUUCAACUUUGACUAUGGCAGCUAUAAUCUCUACGCCCGGCCAAUUACUCGAUUUGAUGUGUUUCAACCCAAUCAAUCCGAAGGGCCAACUUUAACGCGGGACUAUUUCAGCCUCAAGGACAUUUUACUACAAGCGUACAGCCAACUAAGUGAUGCCGAUCAAGAAACCCUUUUUAAGGUAGAGCUAAAUCCAACACUAACCCAACACUAA